GCUGUACUUGGAGGGCCGGGGUGUUAAUACCUCAACUGUGCUACUUGCCCUCACAUUGCCCAACAAUCCUGAAUGUGAAACGUUAAAAGUAACGUUAAGUUUUGUCUUCACACGAUCACGAGUAAGGCCGUCCGGAGGCCGACGGGACCUCCCACUUUCGGUCACUUCCGGUCCAGCGAAGCCGUCCCGUACAUGUCAUAAUAAACCUGCUGAGGAGGAAAAUGUCCAGUUUUCUCGGCCUGACGGCGAUUCUGGCCGCCCUGCUGUGCUGUGGGCACUGCCAGGACCCCGACCUCGGGCCCCCCGACAUGGAGGACUGGGUGGACCCGGGGGACAUGCUCAAUUACAACUCCGACUCGCGAACGAUGAAGAACCAUCGCGACCAGCCACGUCUGUCGGAAAAACAGCUGCCAGGAGCACCUGAAGCACCCGCAGCAUGUGCUGUGCAGCUGCAAGAACAGCAACAGCUGCAGAAACAGCUGCAGACGUGUCAGCUGCGGCUGCAGUCGGCAGAGCAGACCUGCCAGGCGGACCAGCAGAGCUCCCACCAGGCCAAGGAGGCUCCGUAUGGGGGAGGCCAGGAGGCUCCGUAUGUGCGGCGGUUUGUCCGUGGGCUGCUGAAACAGUUGGGAGAUGUGAUGGAGCCCACAGGUGACAUGCAUGAGGUAGAUGCAGUUGACUAUGACGUGCACAUGACGGUGACUGCUGAGAACUGGCUGCUGUUGAACAAGUUCAUCGCCAAGGACCAAGCUAAGGACCAAGGCAGCCUGCAAGACACCAUGCAGGUCCUGGAGACACUUAUAACAGGUGUGUCCAGCCGCCAGGCACAGGUGAACAGGUGGCAGAAGAGACUUGAAGACUACACUGGGCUGGAGGUGCAGGUGCUGAUGCAGGCGGUGAUCAUGGUGCUGUUAGUGCUCUGCCUGGUAGCACUGGAGAUCUGGAGCCACGUCUCCUGGAGGAAACAGUUCCUCCGGCUGCUCCUGAUCGGCUUCCUCAUCAGUGUGGGCUGGACAUGGAUGCACGAGUAUAAGAAAGCUCAUGCCAAGAAACAGGGAGAACUUUCCAAGCAGAUGCCUCGAGAGUGCCGCACGGCUGACAGGACCGCGCUCCAUGGUAUAUUUGAGUGGUUCAGCUCUGCCUUCACCCUGCAGGAAGACAAGUGUGCGAACUACCACGAGGCUCUGGUGGUGGACGCCUUCUGGGAGGUCACACCAACAAAGGCCUUUGCCGUGACCCUCACCAAGUUCUUCCUGGAGCCCAUGGAGCACAUCGGCCGUUCCUUCAGCAAGUUCUUUGGGGGAGUUUUCCACGACCUUCCAGUGCAGCUGUGGCCGCUGGCCUUCCUGGCCGUGAUGCUGAUGUCCCUGCUGCUGAUGAUCAUGAUGGCUGGCUACAGCAUCAACAUCCCCUUCAUCUUCAGCCUGCAGCCGCGCGCCGUGAACACCGUCACCCUGCCGCUAGAGACACAGACAUGCAUGGAGGACACACGCCAACAGGUUUUGCAGGUUGUCAACAUCCUGAAGGAACAGCAGCGUGCUAUGAUCACUGACGGGACAGCACCCCAUGUCAGGUUGGAACAGCAGCGCGCUGAUGGGACAGCACACCUCCAGGUGGAACAGCAGCGUGCUGCAAUUGGUGACCGUGUGGAACAGGUAACACCGGCGAUCUCGCAGGCUAACGCCUCCGGUUCGAACCUGCCGUACAACCAGACGCAGAACCGCAUCAACCUGAGCCGUGGGGUCAGCUUCACCCGGAACAGCAGCGCCAGCAGCCGUCCCCUCGCCGCUGGGCCACACGCCGCUGGGCCAUACGCCGCUGGGCUGCACACCGCUGGGUAUGCCGCUGGGCCACACUCUGCUGGGCCACACAGCAAAUCUACAUUGCUGCAGAGAUCCCACAGCGCACCCAUACAGGAGGGUCACAGGAGCACACCCAUACAGGCAGCACCCAUACAGGAAGCACCCAUACAGACAGAACACAGGGACCAUGCACAGAAAAUGCCUCAGGAGGAAAGUGAAGACUCAGAAUCUGAGGAAACAGAAGCUAACACAGAAACACUGGGACCCCAGGAGGGGAGAGGGCAUGUCGAUGUUAGGAACAUAAGCUUAGAUUAGCGCUAUUGCAACUUACCUGGAAUUUAUGAUGAAACCAAUAUCUACUCAGAAGGCACAUAAUCAUGGACCUAUCGUACAGGACAUUGUACUGAAUUGCCUUGAUUAUAGAUACGUACCAACCUGCUCUAUUUGAGGUCCCUUUCCCAUCUAUCUGUGCAAUAACCUCAAAUAAAGUAUGCAUCCUGACUUUG